UUAAUUUUAAUUUUCCCAAAUCACUUACUGUUCAUAUAUUUUUAUCUAUUCAUUUUACUAUUUUUAUAUUUUUUCUUUUUCUUAGAAGGUGAAGAAAUCGACAAAACGGUGACUACAGUAAUCUUUCCCCACUAUUUAAUCCCACUCUCAGACCCCCAAGCUCUCACCCCCAAACCCUCCUUCAAUUAAUCUCUCUCCUUUCUGCAGAGCCAUGGAUCCGCCGCAGCAACAGCCUCCUGCACCCGCCGCCGUGGAGCAAGCUGCAGAUGGUGCUCCGGCUCCGGCUCCUGAACAGGCGCCAGCGCCGGAACAGGAACCGGCGCCGGCGCAGGCUGCACCUGCAGCGGCACCUGUCCCCAGGACUGGAGUGAGGCCGUACGUGAGAUCGAAAGUGCCCAGGCUGAAAUGGACUGACGAUCUCCACCAGUGCUUCAUCGAGGCCGUCGAGUAUCUCGGCGGAGAAGACAGAGCUACUCCGAAAAUGGUGCUGGAAAUUAUGAACGUCAAGGGGCUCACAAUUACUCACGUCAAAAGCCAUCUGCAGAUGUACCGAAGCAUGAAGCAUGAGCAGGCUCUCCAAGCAGCAGAACAGGCAGCAGCUGCUGCGGAGAGGAACAGGAGAGCUGCCGCCGCCGCCGCGGCGGCGGCGGCGGCUAACUUCAACUAUCAUCUGCAUAUGAACAAUGGCGCUUCUACCUCUACUGCUCCUCCACCUAUGGUGAUGGCUUAUCUUCCCCCUCCUCCGGGAUUCUUCUUCAACAAUCAGGCACCCCCUAGGCUGCUUCCGUACGACCCGAGGUUCAACUACCUCGUCCCAGUCCCGAUUUACCCUCACCCUCCGAUCCCGGCCGUUCACAACUUCAUGAUUCCGGCGCCGCCGCAGAUGGGAGGGGCUGAGACACCAGCUGCUGCUGGUGGCGACGCCGGCGCUCCGCCGGCGUCGUCUUCUGACAACACUGAGGAGGAGGAGAUCUCCCUGGAGCUCACCCUCGGCUGAUCGAUUUAUUGAUCCUCCAAAAUCCGCCAUUGUUCUAUUCUGCAUAUCCAUCCAUCCAUCCAUCCAUAUCAUCAAUCCACAAUCCACAAUCCUCCUCCAUCAAUCCGCCUACCUGCGAUCGAUGCUGCUGCCCUUAAUUAACUAAUUAUUAGACCUUAAUUGGACUAAUUAUCUAUCUGUCUGUCUUCAUUUUGCCUGUGUUUUCUUGUUUCUGUUUGUGUUGGCGCAGCAUAUCUAUCGAUCUAUCUAUUUAUUUACCUAAGGAUGCAUUGGCACCAAAGUUUAUGAAUUAUGAGGUGAUGAGUUGUUGGAUUCAACUCCUGUUUUGUUGCUCAUUACUUCUCGGCUAUAUAAUAUAAACCAUCUUUUUUG